UGUACAUUAAAGUCUUACUGUAAUGUAACUGAUAACAGGGCAUAAUCAUUUAUAUAAAACAUCUCAGACUAAAUAAGUCUUAUCAGUAAAUGAUUGGGUUGGAGCUGAUUAUCAUUAAAGCAGUGGUGUACUACGAUAAACAAUUCUAAGUCACUACAACUUCAAACCACAAAUACCUCAAAUAAAGCUAGACCAAGGUGAAAUAUAAUUCUAUAAGGAUUUCUGAACAUGGCAUCGGGCUCUCCAAUCCACAUCCCCAACCCCCAUGUGCAGGGAAUGACAGAGGAUGUUCUCUAUCACUUAGCACUUGGUACCAACUCUCAUGACCUGCCAUCUAUGUUUGGAGAUCUUAAAUUUGUUUGUGUUGGAGGUAGUCCUAGAAGGAUGGAAAAGGUUGCGCUGUACAUGGCAGAUGCCCUAGAUAUAGAUAUCCCUACUGGCAUGGCACUCAACAAUAUUGGGCAUGGCAAGGCUCGCUACGCCAUCUAUAAAGUAGGACCAGUCUUGGCUAUUAGUCAUGGUAUGGGACGACCCUCUAUGUCUAUCAUGAUGCAUGAGUUGUUCAAGCUUCUCCACCAUGCUGGAUGUACUGGUGUGACACUCUUUAGGGUGGGCACUUGUGGAGGUCUAGGGUUAGAGCCUGGCAGUGUAGUUGUAACUGAGGAAGCCUUGAGUCCCUUACUACAACCUUCUUAUGAUCAAAUUAUUCUGGGCAACGUAGUGUCUAGACCAUGUGUUCUUGACAAGGACACAGCCAAUGACCUCAUGGGUUGUGCUUCCACAGAAGAUGAAUUUGCAACUGUUAAAGGCAAAACUAUGAGUGCAGAUGACUUUUAUGAAGAACAAGGUCGUUUAGAUGGUGCAUUAUGUAACUAUACAGAAGAUGACAAGAUGGCUUAUUUAAAACGAGCACAUGACCUUGGAGUGAGAAACAUUGAAAUGGAGGCAGUUUGUUUUGCAGCUUUGUCACAUGCUGUUCAGUUAAAAGGAGCUGUGGCAUGUGUGACUCUAGUUGACCGCCUAAAAGGGGACCAAAUAACAUCAUCAGCUAAGGACAUGGAAGAAUGGCAAAUGAGGCCACAGAAACUUGUUGCCAGAUAUAUUAGGAAAAACCUAGGCUUACCACCAAAGGACAUGCCUUAGAGGUCAAUGUCAUGCGUGAUAGAUCCAGAGACAUCAGUAUUGUCUACGUAUUAGAUCUAAACAUUAUGAAUGUUUGUUAUCCUUGGACAAUUCAUCCAUUUUGAUAUCCAUCUCAAUACAAGGGGUUGCGAUGUCUUUUCUAUUUAUGUUUUGUUACAUCUAGUCUAGGGAAAAAGAUCUUAUUGUUUAUUUAUUACUUAUUUCAUUGGUUAUUGUCGCCUGUAGUCUGUAUUUAAGUAUAAACAAAUACAUAGGUAGUGAGCUAGCACC